GGUGGAGUGUGAGCAGGGGGGGAGAGCAGAGAGGGGAGGUGGGGAGUUAGGAGUUGGAGGUGGAGUAACUCUGCAGAAUGUGAGCCGCUGUCCACAGCUUUCUGGAUGUAAAUUGAUGAGGUCAUAGUGUUUUCCAGUUGUUAAAAAAAAAAAAAAAGUCUUUAACUUGUUUUUCAAGAGAGACGGAAACACGGAGAAGCUGAAGAAAUGGAGCAACUAGCAAAACUCCUCCUGUGGCAGCUUGUGCUUCAGCAAAGUUCUGUUGUUUAUUUAUAUUCAGUCCCAGCCGAUGCCUCCAACCCCAACAGCGUCGUAGUGUCCGUGUUGAACAUCAGCGCCGCGCUGGGGUCGCAGGCUGUCCUGCCCUGCAAGAGCUACCGCAUGGUGUGGACCCAGGAUCGCCUGAACGACCGCCAGCGCGUGGUGCACUGGGACGUGUACAGCACCUACUACGGGGACAACAAGAUGGAGAGGCUCUGCGACAUGUACUCGGCUGGGGAUCAGCGUGUGUACAGCUCCUACAACCAAGGGAGGAUCUUCAUGCCGCAGAACGCUUUUACAGACGGCAACUUCUCUCUGGUGAUCAAAGAUGUUGCAGAGAGUGACGGAGGCAUAUAUUCAUGCAAUCUCCACCAUCACUACUGCCACUUGUACGAAACUGUGAAAAUCCAACUGGAUAUCACCAAGAAAGCCAAAGCAGCAAAGGAGUACUGGGAUGGGGAGAAGGCCGUGAUCGUUGCCCUGGAGGGCAGCACGGUGAUGCUUCCCUGCGUGAACAGGAACCACAUCUGGACGGAGCGGCACAGCGAAGAGGAGCAGCAGGUGGUCCACUGGGACAGGCAGCCCCCGGGGGUUCCCCACGACCGCGCCGACCGCCUCAUCGAUCUGUACGCCUCCGGCGAGCGCCGCUCCUACGGCCCGCUCUUCAUUCGUCAGAAGAUGAACAUCACUGACACGGCCUUCGCCCUGGGGGACUUCUCCCUCCGCAUUUCGGAGCUGGAGAGCGCGGACGAAGGCACUUACUCCUGCCACCUGCACCACCACUACUGCGGCCUGCACGAGAGGAGGAUCUACCAAGUCUUUGUGACAGAGCCGGUGAGGGAGAAGAAGGUGGUGAACCUCACAACCCACAACACUGCCCCAGCCAUAGAUCCCAACAUUGUCAGGGGCCACAACGUGAUAAACGUCAUCAUCCCCGAGAGCCGCAUCCACUUCUUCCAGCAGCUGGGCUACGUCCUGGCGACGCUGCUGCUCUUCAUCGUCCUCCUCAUCAUCGUUGUCCUCAUCACCCGCAAGCGCCGGCAGAGAGGCUAUGAAUACAACGUGAAGAAAUAUGGAGAGAAGGAUGUAAAUCUUAAAGAAUUUACAGUCGACACGACAGAUCUGACUCAGUACAGAAGUGAAGACAUCAGGCUGGAUUACAAAAACAACAUCCUGAAGGAGAAGGCUGAGCAAGCCAGAACCUUCCCAGCAAAGAACAUCGACUUAGACAAAGAUUUCAGGAAGGAAUACUGUAAAUGAAGACAUUCCCAAGCUGCUGGCUGGACCAGAAGCUUCAAUCAAAGAUAGAUAAAUGGAAAAGAGAUGCCUUUUCUUGAUAUCAUGUCCCUCCAGUUACCAUACAUUUUUCAUGUAGAGUUUCUCCCCAGUAAGCACAAGGGUAUUUGCAAAUGCUUCCCAAAAGGGUUAGACCAUCUGUCUUGUGUGCACUUAUGAUGGGUUUUGGUUUACUUUUCUCCUUUUGUUCUCCCAGUCCUCCCUUCCCCUUUUCUUUCUGAUAUUAUUGUUGUUUUUAUGCAUCAAUGAUUUUUAUGAGCUGAAUCAGCAGACCUUUUGCUUUGACGUUACUGCUUAAAAUAAACCAACCUGCAUCACUAUUCUUGAGCCAUCAUUAUAUCAGGCAUUUUUCCGCGCAGUGUAUUCAUUAGAAAAGGAAUAGCAAGGCCUGAUUGUGAUCUCUCAUAUGCUGGUGUAAAUCAGGAGAAAUGAUACUGUCACUUAGCACUUUACGUGUUCCAGGUGAAAUAAAAAGAGACUAAUUCAGCCCUUCACAAAUGACAAUGUAAAUACCUCAAUUUACAAAUGGAGAAGUGUCAAUAUCCUCAUUUUACAGGGGAAAGGGAGGCACACAGAUCUAGUUUUUUGCCACCGAGGUAGUGUUGGUAUCAGCUCCAAAGAGCUCUGGAAGUGUAAUUUUCCAUUUCUCACUCUAAGCUUGUUUGCUGAUUUGUUUUUGUUUCAGUGCAGACACUUUCAGCUGAAGUUGAUGGAGUUACGGUGCUGUAAUGCCAGUGUCAGUUAGAUCAGAUCCUGAAAUAAUAUGGAGAGGGCUGAACUCCUGUGUGGAAUCUGGAAUGUGAUUUUCCUGCAGUCCUGAGGUGGAUCCUGCCCACACAGAGCUUGUGUGCACAUCAGAACGAAGGUAUGAUGACAGCACAGGUAGACAGACCGAUAAAAAGAACGGCUUCCCAUGAGCCGACCGUGAGGAACAAGAGUAACAACACAUCCCACCAUAGCCUGUCAGGCACGUUCACAGACCAUGGUCCUCAAAGGGGAGCUGAGGAGGGACAAGAGUCCAUCCUUGUGAGUUUUGCCAUCGCUUUGGGGAGCAGAUGCAUGAGAUAGUGGGGCUGUGGGCUGAAGGUGAGCUCUACGUAUGAGGAGGUGGGAUGUCCAAAAAUUUGCCAGUGAAUAAUUCAGUGUUAAAAUCCAAGCAAGGUAAAGCAUCAGGAACACCAGAAAAUAUUGACCACAGCUACUCUGACUGCUUGGGAUAUGCUGCAGCACUGUUUCCAUAGUGGGGCACAGAUGAAAAUAAGGUGUUUCUUGCCCUUGUGGGCAUGAUGGCCGUGGCUCGUGUUCCUAUCUAAGGGUGUAGGUGGCCAAGAAUUGCCAGCCUCCUCUUUGGAGGUCUGAAGAGAAUGGCAGAGGAAGGGAUUGUGUGUGGGCUCAGUGACUGAAUGGGACUGGGGUAGGGUCUCCAGGACGUUGCGAGUGGUGAAAGUGUGAAGAGGAGCUUGUGUGGAGCUGCUGUGAGGGCGAGGUGUGGUUGCGGACUUGAAGCAGUGCUCUGCUUGCAGCAGGUAUCCCAGCAAGGAUUUCUUCCUGGGGAUGGAGGACCCUGAGUUCUUUUUUUGGACCAUGGCUACUUCAUCACCAGCAAAAGAGCGUGGUGGAUGCUGAGUUGCAGCUUCUUACACUGGAGCUGAGCUUAGCCCCCUAGCUCUACUUCCUACAUAACAGAAGAGCUAUAAUGUCUGUUCAGAAGCUAGGAUGUGAGUACUUCAGUGCACAAACUUCAGAGGAGUGGGAAACGGACCGUGACAAUUUUUAUAGAUAUUCCCACUUCUCUCUGCUAGUGAGGACUAUCUUAAAGGGCAAAUAUACUGGGGACCCUUAUUUUUAAUGCCUUCAAAUAUUACAGAAUCUUAAUAAUAGGAAAAUUGUACAAGUGGAGGUGAGCCUGUGCUACAGCUGUGCAGUUCUUACAGUUUGCACAGCCCUCCUGCUGUUCUCUAGAUGAUUUCUGUGAGUUCUGCCUCUCUCUUCACUUGAGACACACCUGUAUGGGAGUGCUCAGGGUGGGCAGACCCACGACUGGUGACGAGGAGGGCACGGAGUCGGCCCAGGUCCCUGUUUUCCUGCCUUUCCCCCAGAGCAGACAGCCGUUCUGAGGUUGCCUUUGGCUGGACCUGAUUGAAACCCAAGCUGCAUUCCUGCAGGUGCGUAAGGCUGCGCUGGUUAUUCCAUCAGGGUGGCACAGUCUCAAGUAAUUGCCAUUAAUGUCUUUCUCCCUCCCUUUCAUGUCUGUGAGUCAAAGGUUGGGGAUCUUUACUUGCCAGUUCAAAUUGCUUCGCGUAGCUCACAGAGACACCAGCUCAAAGUGGGGUUACUCAUAAACUCCAGAGGCAUUUAAAUAUUUUAUUGGACUUCCAGGCUGCAAAAUAGCUUAAGGGAAGAGAAAUUAAUAUGUUCUCUGAAACAAGCACUAGGAAGGGCUUGAUGAGUUCAUCCUUGCUUUGAUCACAAGCUUGAAUUUGGGUAAUGGUCGUAUGUGCCAGGAUAAUCCUAGACUGACCAAAAUAGGAGACCAGUCUGAGAUUACGGCCACUUUUUCUUCAGGAGAGGCACAUGUUGUGUGACUGGGCUGAGGAUCAUAACAGCGGUUUUCAAAAGCAGCCUGCCACAUCCAGCGUGUAAUUUACUAAGUUAGAAUUCUGGCUGAAAGAGAUCCAGGCAGGCCUCCUGGAUAACCACUUGUGUGUUUUCAAACUGCUGAAAAAAAA